GCCCAGUCGGGCUCUGUCCCGCCCCGGCGGCACCGCCUCCGCCCCUCCAUCCAGCCGGCUCCCUCCGGCCACGAACUGCCCCUCCCCGCCCCGCCUCCCGGCGUGGGUGGCCGAGGCGUAGCGCUGCGACCCCCGCACCCUUGCGAACAUGGCGCUGCGAGUGGUGCGGAGCGUGCGGGCCCUGCUCUGCACCCUGCGCGCGGUCCCGUCACCCGCCGCGCCCUGCCCGCCGAGGCCCUGGCAGCUGGGGGUGGGCGCCGUCCGGACGCUGCGCACUGGACCCGCUCUGCUCUCGGUGCGUAAAUUCACAGAGAAACACGAAUGGGUAACAACAGAAAAUGGCAUUGGAACAGUGGGAAUCAGCAAUUUUGCACAGGAAGCGUUGGGAGAUGUUGUUUACUGUAGUCUGCCUGAAGUUGGGACAAAAUUGAACAAACAAGAUGAGUUUGGUGCUUUGGAAAGUGUGAAAGCUGCUAGUGAACUCUAUUCUCCUUUAUCAGGAGAAGUAACUGAAAUUAAUGAAGCUCUUGCAGAAAAUCCAGGACUUGUAAACAAAUCUUGUUAUGAAGAUGGUUGGCUGAUCAAGAUGACACUGAGUAACCCUUCAGAACUAGAUGAACUUAUGAGUGAAGAAGCAUAUGAGAAAUACAUAAAAUCUAUUGAGGAGUGAAAAUAAAUGGAACUCCUAAAUAAACUAGUAUGAAAUAACGCAACCCAGCAGAGUUGUCUUAAAUUAGUGGUGGAUAGAAGACUUAGAAUAGCAACUUUUAGCAUUACCGAUGGGGAAAAAAAAAACUACUGUUAACACUGCUAAUGAAAGAAAAUGGUCUUUAACUUUCUAAUGAUUAUAGAUAAAUAUAAUAUGCAUCUUUUUCACAAUAUCCUAUGAUUUUUAGACUAGGCUCUAGUGUUCAGAAUUCAUGAAAUUAUCCAUCGUAAAAACUAGUUAUAAAAAUUACAUAAUUCAAAGAUAACGUUGUUAUUCUUAAGCCUUAUAUAAUAUUGUAACUUGCAUGUAUCCAUACCUGGAUUUGGGAUGAAAUACUUAAUGAUCUUUCCAUUGGAAAUAACUGGAUGUGAAGAGGUUUUUGUUGCUUGUACAGUGUCAGAUGAGGAACAUCACUAUCUUAAUUUUGCAAUACACUGCAUUUGCUGGUGCUAUUUUUAUACAGUGAAGCAACAGCUUUGCAGCAAAAUAAUAAAAUACUUCUUCGUUAA